UAUUUUUCAUAAUAUUAUUUUUAUUUUCACUCUACACUCAUAUAUAUACCUAACCCCCCUUCCCUCUCUUUUUUUCUCUUUUUUAUUUUCGCUCUCACCUUUUUUCUUGUCUUGUUUGAAUCCGUGUACCCUGCAAUUUAAAAAAAAUAAAUAAAGGGAAGCAAAAAACCACCAAACUUAAUAUAUGCCAUUGAAGACACGAGGUGGACGUAAAGGUACCGGCCGUCGUGGUCGACCCAAAAAGUAUCCGCGUCCAGGUGAAGGAGAAACAGAACAGUUGCAGCAACCACUCCAACCGUUGCACGAAGACCAUCGUCAAUACCGUGAAAAUCGACAAGAACACCAGCAUCACCAACACCCUACACAAAAGCAGAGGCUACCUAGCUUAUCGUUAAACACUAGCCAUCACGACGCCAACGGACACACUGCUGUACGGCCAAGGGAAGAACGAUCAUAUAAGGACUAUUAUCCCAACCUCAAUCUAAAGGAACCCUUGCGAAUUGUAAGAGUGUCAAAGUCAGAUCGUCCCGCUACUCAAGAUCUUACUGUUGACGCGAGAACCACCAACACCAGUAAAAACAACGAUGACAAUAACGUUGACAGCGAUGCCAACGGCGGUAGCGGAAGUACGCCGUUGUCAACAGUAGCAAGUGUAGCAAAAGCUAACAAAGACGACAACGAUCGAAAUGAUAAUGGCAAAGAACGUCAGGUGCCUGAACUACCACCAGACGAAAGUUUAGAAGACUCUGGACUGUCUUCUAUGAGUCUUAACGAUUCGCCAAAAGGGGACGGUUCGACGACAACAGCAGCGGAACAAAAAGUCAACAAAGGAGAAUAUAAGAACGUCAAUAGCAACAAUAACGGCAGCAACCCGUCACCACUUGAGCCAGAAGACGAAAAAAACGAUAUCUCUGACGAGCCAGCAAAUGACGAAAAAAGCAUCACUAGUACGGAUAGCGAAUCCUCUGAUGAUAGUAUGGUCACAGCAGACGAAGGGGAAGACAUGGAACUGGACGAGAAGGCAAGCAACAAAAGUGGCAGCAAUAGUGAAGAGGUGCUGUCAUUAUCAGCAACACCUGGAGAAAAGGACGAAGAUGACGACGCCGACGAUGGAGGACGACAGCGAAACGGAGACCCGUUGGUUGAUCAUCAAAAAGAAGGCGACUUGUAUCAAGCAUUAUCCACUCGUCCACAGCAACAGCAACUACAGAAAGAACAACAGCCAUUGGAAACCGUCAACGAUAUCAAUAUGGGUGUCAAUUUGGAUGCAUUGCCCAAACCUUCGUUCCGUUUAGUCACGGAAGAACCUAAACAAGUUAGCAUGAGUGAUGAUCGACAGAAGGAGAACGGUAAAGAGGUCACAGCAGCAAGUACUGCACUAACAACAGUGGAAGACGAAGGAGCAAGUAGCCAACAGCAACGAUUUCAGCGUCCUGAGAAUCAUUAUAUUCGAUAUAUUGAACCAUCUGAAGCUGAUUUAAUGGAUACGGUAGAAUAUGACAUGGAUGAGCAUGAGCGCCGCAAGGAGGAUUUGGGAGAAGUCUCUGGCGAUUUAUUUGAAGCUGUCAUGGAUCAGCUUGAGAAGGAAUGGUUUGAUCUGAUCAAAAACCUGCCAAAACAAGUAGCCGAGGAACCAUCCCUUCCAGAAGAUUCUGCAUGCGCCAUUUGUGAUGAUACAGAAUGUGAAAAUAGCAAUGCUAUUGUGUUUUGCGAUGGUUGCAAUUUGGCUGUUCAUCAGGAUUGCUACGGUAUUCCAUAUAUCCCUGAAGGCCAAUGGCUUUGCCGUAAAUGUCUUGUGUCUCCCGAGAAUCCAGUUUCGUGCAUAUUUUGUCCGAACGAAGGGGGUGCCUUUAAGCAAACCAAUACCAACAAAUGGGGCCACUUGCUGUGUGCCAUUUGGAUUCCCGAAGUCGGUCUCAGCAAUAGCGUGUACAUGGAGCCCAUUGACAAUAUCGAAAACAUACCCAAGAGCCGGUGGAAACUGACGUGUUAUAUUUGCCGAAGACGACAAGGUGCAUGUAUUCAGUGCGACAGUAAGCACUGUUUUGUUGCAUUCCAUGUGACCUGUGCGCGAUGGGCACGUCUUUGCAUGCGCAUGAAAUCACACGGAUCGCACUAUGAUGGUGUGGUGUUCAAGGCCUAUUGUGACAAGCAUACGCCGCGUGAUUAUACAGAGCAGGUCAAUGUGGAACAAACGGUUGCAGCGGCACAGGCAUUCUUUUCUAGCUCCCAUCGACGCAGCAACAAGACAAGUAACAACAACAACAACAGCCAUCGGAUACCUCGACAACGUUAUGUUGAUGAUGAAGUCAUGAUGAAUGAUAGCAAUAACGUUGCGGCUAUUGGCGACGGCGACAGUAACAACAACAAUGACGAUGAAGAGGAUGGAGUGGAUGGACAGGAUGAUGGGCGGAAGAAGAAAAAGAAGAAGCACAAGAAGAAAGGGCACAUGGAUAACGAUAAUUCGGCAGUAACACAGAUGUUGCCCAGUUCCAAGGCGGCACGUGCACACCAGCAUCAUUAUUCGGCUGGCGCACCAAUCGCUCCAGAGUUUAUCAUUAGCAAGCUCGAGAAUAUGAGGUGUGUACGGCAGGCUACCAACUUACGUCGCAAACCACAGUUGAUUGUCAGCAUAUGUCGAUAUUGGUCCCUCAAACGUGAGUCCAGACGAGGCGCACCAUUGCUCAAGCGUUUGCACUUGGAGCCUUGGACCGCAUCGUCGUCGCAACACAAGCAGACUGAGGCAAUGAUAAAUUUGAGAGCCGAUUUGGAACGCGUACGCAUGUUAUCGGAACAAGUGCAGAAGCGCGAAAAACAAAAGCUGGAACGGAUACGGAAACAAAAGGCAUAUCUGGAAAUGAUACUUUUCCCAGUGGAGUAUAUCACCAAACCAUUGGUUGAUCAGCUUAUAGAUGCGGAUAAGAAAGAGCUUUUCAGAUUCCCCGUGACACCUGAUGUUGCGCCCGACUACUCUGAAAUCAUCGAUACUCCCAUGUCCUUUGCUGAAAUUCUCGAAAAGUUCUCAGCACACGAGUAUACAAGCUUAGAACAAGUGGAGAGCGACAUCAUGUUGAUUUGGAAGAACUGUAAAACAUACAACAAGCCAGAGACACUCUAUUACCGCACUGCAGAACGACUUGAAAAACUGUCGCUUGACCUUUUAGCACAAGCACGAAAAGAUUACGAGGAACUGGAGAUCAAGAAAGAGACGGGUAUUUUGGCUAUUGAUAUCCAUCCCGAGAUCUUUACAUACAAUACUGUCCACGUGCCAUCUCCUGAAGAACUUGCAGCAGAACAAGAACGUUUGGAAGCAGAAGAAAGAGCAAAAGCUGAAGAAAGAAAGCGGCAACAGUUAGCUGCUGAAAAAGCUGAGGCGAAAAAACAGGCAGAUGCAGAACGACGAAGAGCCAAGGCAGCUCAAGCUGAAGCAAAACGACAGAAACAAUUGGAGUAUGCAGCCAAACGUGGACGGUUGCGUGCUGAAGCAGCGGCAGCAAAGGCGGCGGCGGCAGCAGCUGCUGCUGCAGCAGCAGAAGAAGAAGAAAAUGAAAUGAAACAAGAAGGCGAAGAUCAAGUUGUUGCGAAUGGGACUCAAGGCGGAGACGACGACGACAGCAACCACAAUGUGCCUGAAAACAAGAAUAGCAGGGUCGCUACAAGAUCAUCCAAAGCAGCGGAAGCAGCAGCCAGUACCGCCACACAAGGAGAAGAAAGCAAAGGUAAUACGAACGCGAGUAGCAACAGCAGCAGCAAGGUUCUACGUCGACGAACGCGGAGUAUGGGAUCAGACGGUUUGGUGGCUCCUACCGCCCAAGAACUUGAGAAGCGAACAUCAUCAGAAGCACGCAAUUUACUAUGGCACUCGGAUCAUGUUACAGAAGAAGACCACCCUCUCGUCAGACCUGACCGUAAGCGAAAGGCACCCCCUGGGUGGCUUUAUGUGGAAGGAACAGACACGGGCAACAGUGGUAGCGAUACCGAUGGAUUAUCUCCAACACCCUCGCCACGCAAGAAGUCACGCUCUGAAUCCCGUCAAACAAAACCAAAGCCAGAACCUAUUACCGAUGUUAAACCUGAAAUGAUUGUAUGGGCUCGUGUUAAAGGUUUUCCGCCUCAUCCUGCCAGGGUAAAAACUCCCUUUAUGUAUAUCCUUCAAAGUGGGGGGAUGGUGGAGGAGUAUAUCAAGUCUUUGUUAACCAAAAUUACAUUGAUAGAUUGUCGAUCCGAAUAAAGAGGAUAUCGGAAAGCAUGUAUUGACAUCCAAACAUGGUGAAGACGAUGUACUCGUUGAAUUCUACGAAGUGCCCGAUCAUCACAAAUGGGGCUGGGUCAGUCGAACGGAUAUCUAUGCUCUAGGCGAUCCGAGCCAUGAUGCAGAUAUGUUGUUGGUAGCGCGUAAAAAGAAGAAUGCACGCAGAAUCAAGGAAUCCAGGACCGGCUAUGCAUAUGCUUGUGAAGUAUUGGGACUGGAUCCUGCACCCGCGUUGACUGAUUCUUCUGGACUAAGAAAAUAACAACACCCUAUAUUAUACUGCUACUACUACUACUACUAUAGU